AUGUCAAGUGGCCAGAGGCGGGAAUGUUCAGUAGACGAGCAGAACGGAAUCGGCGCAGACACUGAUGUCAAAUGCUUCACCAUUGUUACUCAAGACUCAUCUGGCAGUCCCGAAGUACUCAGCAAGUCCGGCCACUGGAUCAAGGCGGAUCCCACCCCCGGCGCAUUCGUUGUCAACAUUGCCGGCUGCUUCAUGAGACGGACAGAUGACUUCUUCGUGUCAACGAUCAACAGGGCCAUCAAUAAGAGUGGAAUGCAUCUCAAGACAGCAACCCUCUUGUUCGCCCUGUCUAGCACAGUCUUGGCCGAAUAUAUCACCGUCUUCCACGCCAGCUGUUCACCAGCACCACCUGCCGCGUACAAUGACAGCCUGCGCAACUGGAGGCAGAGAAUCUGUGAGACGGAGUUGAAGGGGAGCUACUACGAUGAGGACGACCAGUGCCAGGUGGUGGAUCCCGUUACUGCGGACACCAAGAAGGUCUACCAUCCAACCCUUGGCGCAGCAGGUCAGCCCAACAUUAAGACGAGAUGCACCUGGUCAUGA